UAUCACGGAACCGUGCAAACGCUAGACCAAUGUUGGCGAUAUAUAAAUAGAGUGAUAAGAAGCGAAAUCACCGAAGUUUGUUGCAGUAUUAGUUCAUCGUCUGCCAACUCAACUCAACUCAAAAUGAAGGUUGCCAUAGUUUUGCUCGCCGUCUGUAUUGCUGUCGCAUAUGCCGAGGAAUGCCAUGACAUCGGGGACUGCGGUCACGUGACUUGUCCAGAGUCAGGCUACGCCCUGGUCUGUGAGCACAGGCAGUGCACGUGCGCGCGCACCGGGGACCACACCUGUGCUACUGUUGCCGACUGCUCCGGCCGCUGUGAGCGCGACUGGCAUUGCGUUGACGGCAAGUGUAAAUGCGGACUUUGAAACUGAGGUAGGCCUUGCUCCGACGUCAUCAGGGCAUUUAGCGUGUAUAUCGUUAUGACAUAUAUUUGACAUUAUUAUAGUAAUUUGAAUAAAUUGUUUUGAAGUUUA